UUUGUUGGUUUUGGUAGGCCGUUGAAUUCUUUCCCAUCGUUGUAGACAUUCUUUGGUUGUAGCGAACGCAUCACCGCCCCUUCGCCUGCGCCUGCAUGAAACCCAACGUACACGCUGUCAUAUCAAGCAAGUGACUACAUCAGCCUGGAAGCCUCCACCGGCUGAGAGACUGCUGGCUCAUCUAUCGUUAGCUUUUGUUACAAUUUAAUUCGGUUCAUCGAUCAUACACAUCAUUACACGUUUAAAGCAACUGUUAUUAUUUUCUAGCGUAGUUUGUUGGUCUCGUCUUUGCUUCCCGCUGACAAUGGCUGAUCCUAAAUACGCAAACUUGCCAGGAAUUGCCUUUAAUGAGCCGGACGUGUACGAGACCGGUGACCUUCCAGAAGAUGACCAGGCUCAGUUUGAGUCGUUUGUACAAGAGGAGCUCUGCAGUGACAGCGUGGAGAGGAUUGUGGUCAACCCCAACGCAGCCUAUGACAAGUUCAAAGACAAGCACGUCAACACCAAGGGGCUUGACUUCUCAGACAGAAUCAGUAGAAGCAGAAGAGUGGGCUAUGAGUCAGGAGAAUUUGAAAUCCUUGGAGAGGGCUGUGGAGUGAAGGAGACGCCCCAGCAGAAGUACCAGCGCCUGGUGAACGAGAUCCAGGAACUCACUCAGGAGGUGGAUGCCAUCCAGGCUACCACAAAGGACAGCAGUGCAGAGGAGCGCCUGACCCCGGUGGUACUAGCCCAGCAGGCCGCCCAGCUCAAACAACAGCUGGUUUCGGCCCAUCUCGACUCACUGCUGGGACCACACGCACACAUCAACCUGGCUGACCCAGAUGGAGCGCUGGCCAGGCGUCUGCUCACCCAGCUGGAAGUGGUCAAGGGCAGCCGUGUCAGCGCUGCAGGAGACGGCAAGCCGACGGCAUCGGCUAAGGGCCCAGAUGGAGUAGUACUCUACGAGCUGCACAGCAGACCAGAGCAGGAAAAAUUCAAUGAGUCUGCCAAGAUUGCGGAACUGGAGAAGCGUCUCGCUGAGCUGGAGAUGGCUGUUGGCUCAGGAUCAGACAAGCAGGGACCUCUGAGUGCUGGCGUACAAGGAGCCAGUUUGAUGGCCACCAUAGAGCUCCUGCAGGCAAGGGUCAGCGCACUGGACUCCGCUACUCUGGAUCAAGUGGAGGCCAGACUGCAGAGUGUCCUCGGGAAGAUGAAUGAGAUUGCUAAACACAAGGCAGCGAUUGAGGACGCUGAGACACAGAACAAGGUGUCGCAGCUUUAUGACGUGGUGCAGAAGUGGGAUGCCGUGUCCACUUCUGUACCUCAGGUGGUGCAGAGGCUUGUCGCUGUCAAGGAGUUGCACGAGCAAGCCAUGCAGUUUGGCCAGCUGCUGACCCACCUGGACACCACUCAGCAGAUGAUCAACAACUCUCUGAAGGACAAUAACACUCUGCUAACACAGGUCCAACAGACAAUGAAGGAAAAUCUGGUGACUGUAGAAGAGAACUUUGCUACGCUAGAUCAGAGGAUGAAGAAUCUCUCCAAGUAAAUGGUGGUGGAGUUUGGACCGGCCCAAGAGAAGAGUAUAGAACAUGGACAAAUAUGAGCUGGCUAGAGAGCACAGAGGGAGGGGGGGUUAACUCUGUCCUUUCUAGCCAUCCCUCUCUUGCUCUCUACUUUGUCUCUGCCUUUUUUCACUAAGUGGAAUGUUGAAAGAGAAAGUUGGAAAAGAAAGAAAAAAGGAGACCAAAUGUUCUUGUCCACCCUCCUUUCCUGUUCCCUGUUCUCUUCCAUCACAUUGAUAUCAACUGAAAACACAUUUUUCCAUUCUAUACAUGCCACUGAUUGCAGUCCCCUGUUAAGCUUAAUGAGUUUUAGACUGAAUUGUUUUUAUAAUUAUUAGUAUUAAACAUAAGAAAUUCCUCCAUUUCUUUCGGAACCUCACUCUUAUGGAUUUGUACUGUAUACUCUGGUCAAAUUAAAUGGAUCACAGUAAUGGAGGGUUGAUGGAUGACACACAAAAUAUCCAGAUCUAGUGUCUUCUAGUGUUGUGCGAGUGUCAGGGCUAAGUCACGGAAGGAAUGCUUGUAAAUAUGCCUGCGUACCUUAUUGUUCUCUUCAUGCUCAGUCGCUUGUAACUAUAUUAUUAUGACUGAGACCAGACACCACAGACAAACUUUUAAUCUGCUUUGUCAUUGCCUACAAGUCAACUGUAUUGUACAUCUGUGGUCAUGGAAACGGAUCAAUAAAACAAAGUGCGAUAG